GGUGAAUAAUUCGAGGAAUACGGGAAUGGUUGACGAGUAGCGACGAAACCAGACGAAAACGACCGAUCUCGUGUACGCGGGAUUGUAGUUGCGCGGAGGCAGAGCAAGGAGUUUAAAAAUUCACUGAGUAUGCAUGAUUUGUCACUCGAUGGACGAUCAGUUCGAUCGAAAUGGUGUUAUACGAAGAAGUACGAGAUUAGUUAAUAUCUGUGUUUAAAUAUAUCUGUCAUUACGUUUGCAAUUCAUCCGAUAAAUUCUUGAUGAAAUAAUAUUGAUAAACAUAUUUAUAAAUGUAAUUGUGGCCUUGUUAACAUCAAGUUGCUUGUAUCGAUUGUCGAAUAUAUUUUAUGAUUGUUCAUUAACAGAUAUGGAAAGAAAAUCGAAACGCAAUAAUUACACGGAAAGUCGGAAAGUGUUUAUAGUGAAAUACAUAAAGUGUUUCGAAAAACGAGUUAAAUACGCGCCGUGAACAAGGAAACUGAAGGCGAAUAAAAAUAUUUUGAUUAUCGCGAUUGCGUUCAUCGUUCGUUUGGUAAACCGCAAUAUUUCACGAGGAGGAGAACAAAUUGCGGAAGCUAGUUUGUGAUGUGUUUCGAAAUCAUACGAAGCAAUUGCAAACAGAUUUAGUUGUUAUUAAUUCUGUCAAUUUUUUCUCAAUUGAGCUUUAAAGAUAUGUUCACAUUCGUUCAUGAUUCGUUUUUCAUGACACGUAUAAAAAAUAUUAAUGUCGUAUAUUAAAUCGUAGUGAUGUUAAAUAUAGUUAAAUUUGAUAAAAAAUUUCCAUUGUUCAUAUAUAUCUGAUAUAUAUCUGAUAACAGGAAGUGUUUCUCUCAUUUUUCUAAAUAAUCGAAAUAAUGACGAUUUUUCGCAGAAAAUUCUGCUUUGUAAAUGUAAAAAAAUGUGAAAAAUCAUCCAUGCUUAAAUAACGCAAUUUGUGAUAAUCAUUUUAUAUAAAACUAUUUUAAGAUAUUAAAAUGACAAUUUUUUUGUAAUCGAUGAAUUAAUGAAAAUUAAUUGACAUAUUAAUUAAUACUAUAAAAGAUUAAAAGAAAAUAUGAGUAUUGUACCCAUUGCCAACAGAAGUUUCCUUCGGAACGGAAAAUCAUCUUCAAUUUCGGAAAAAAUGAUUUACGCGACUCUCGAUAGUCUGGCUCUAAAAAGAGCGACAUUACCACUGCAAUUGUUACCCGUCGGCGAUGAAAAUGUUACGAUUGAGGAAUUGAACGAGUUGAAAGAAAAGGAAAAAAUCAAUGUCAAAAUUACUGUCAAACGAUCUAGCUUCAAGAAAGACGAUACCAAUAACAGUGAAAUCGAUACUACUUUGAUAAGAGAAACGGCAAGAGAAAUUGAUACCAACCUUUUCGAGAGCAACAUUUCUAAGGAAAGUUACUCAUCAAACAUCGAACAUAAUUCCAAUCAUUCCUUGAAUUCUAGAAACGAAAAGAAUGAAUCUCUAUCGAACGAUUAUGAGAAAAUAGAAUCGGUAUUUUCUACGGAUAUAUGUCAGAACGAAAGUGAUGAAACUUUUGAGAACAAAGAAGAUAUCGUAUACGCAAAAAAUUUAUUUGUUAAGUCGAAAUCUACCAACGACUUAGCGAGUAAGAAUUGUUCGUCGAACGCAAGAUCAUCUAUUGGAAAAUCAUUAGUGGAAUCGUUUUUUGAUGGAAAAUUAGAAAAGAGAUCGCUUAGUAAUGAUUUUUCAAAUUAUGGUAGAAAAAAGAAACAUUUUGCGAAAAAUGUGUUGCAUCUCGUACCAGAAUAUAUCGUAAAGAGGCCGAAAAGAAGACAAAAAGGAAAAAGUAAACUGGAUAGAGGAUCGUUUACUUCUUUGAGAAACUUAUCUAUAGACUCAAAGAAUGGGAUAAAUUCGAACUGUAAAUAUAGAUCGCGAAGUCUUUCUCGAGAGGAAUUGAAAUAUUUAGAAAUAUCUUCACCGACAAAUUUUGUCCAUGUCGCAUCCGCCACAAAUCCAAGUUUGGUUUCGAAUGAAAACACGAUCAGGUAUAGUUUAGAACAAGUUGUAAUUACACAUGAACAAAAGUGUGCCACGUUACCUCUCCUCGUUGCAACAACCUACGAGAAUUCAGUAUCUGAAAGUCAAAUGGAACACGCAUCGAUUGUUACUAAAACAAAGGGAGAAUCUACUCAAAAAUACGAUGCAUUUGAUGUUGCAAAUCUUAAACGCCAAUUGUUAGCCGAGUUGCGAGCACGCGGAGUAAAAACAUUGGAAUCAAGCCAACAGGUGAAAACAAACGAAUAUCGUGAAAAUGUACGCGAGGAGAAAACAAUGCAUGAAUCGUCUACUGCCUUACCUGCUAAUUCCAGUUUUCUAUGGAGCGACCGAACUAAGAAUCUUCUUUUCGAGAAUGUGCGAUCAACUCUGAAUGAAAAUAUCGAUAAAAUCGAAAAUGCCGGUCAGGUAUACGAUGAUGUAGGACCAUUGAAUCUUAUUAAUCAGGAGGACGAUUAUGACGACGUGGGAAUAUCUGUAUCGCAAAUGGAUGAAAAUCGUAUCAAUGAACUUUCAACUACUUUCCAAGAUUCCAACGAUAUCUAUGACGAUGUUAUGAGUCCGAGCAAUAAAGGAAACGCAUUUGCGGAUAAUGAGAGUGAAAGUCGUGAUGAUGAAACGAAGCAAAAAAACGAACAAUUUGUUAUCAACGAAUAUUCUAGCGUAGACGAAGAUACCGACGCGUUGGAAAACGAUCAAGAUGUAUACGAUGACGUUGGUUUACCGAGCGAGGAGCGAGUCAAUAGUCUUUACACCGGCUCUACAAUGGAUGCUAUCUUAAGAGCAACUUGGCAAAAUGUGUACAAUAAAGAAUCAGAAUGGGAAGAUUUGGAAGAUUCAACGAUUGGUUUACCUUAUCUCAUGAACAAGUAUUAUUUCUCUACAGAGACACAAGUUCCAAAGAAGAGGUCGGGCCAAAAAUGGUCCCAAAUGAUGAGAAGACAACGAUCCAAGGUAUCGAUGAAAAACUCAAAAUCAUCAUCGAAGCCAGUUUCAGUCGAGGGUAUAAUCCCGUCCAGAUCUACCACGGAUUUGGCAAAACCGGGACAUAGAACGUUGUGGUGUCAAACACCUCAAGUUUUAAAUAGUGAUCUUUUAGAACGACUAACUACCAAGGAAAAGAAGAUUCAAGAAGCAAAGUUCGAAAUUCUCACUUCGGAAGCAUCUUACUUGAAUUCUCUUCGCGUUUUGAAAAACGAGUUUCUUGACGAUUCCUCAAUCGAUGAAAUUUUAACUUCGAUUGAAAAAGAUAAAAUAUUCGGCGAUAUUCCUAGCGUGUUGCACGCAUCAGAGCAAUUUUUAGCUGAACUGGAAACUAUAUGGAGACACGAUCAUAUGUUGCAUGAUCUGCCGAAUGUAUUGCUUAAAUAUGCCGAUAGAUGUUUAGAUAUUUAUGUGACAUAUUGUUCUAAUCAAGUUGGUAUUGAUACAACUCUCAGAGAUUUAAAAACGCGAAAAGGCUUAAAAUUUUUAGAAACAAUUUCACAAAUAGAAGCUCGUUCAACUUGUCAAAACUUGUCUUUACAUUCAUUUUUAAUGUUACCGAUGCAACGAAUAACGAGACUUCCUUUAUUGGCCGAUGCAAUUCUUUCUAAAUUACCAGUCGAACAUAAUGACAGAUCUCAUUGGGAACAAGUCUUAUCGAGUUUAAAUUACGUUGUUGCUGAAUGCAAUGAAGGCGCUCGUGCCGCGGCAAAAGAGAUUGAAAUGGAAAAUUUAGCAAAAAGAUUGGAAUAUUCCGCAAAAAUUAAACCGAUUGUAUUAAAAGGAAAACAUUUGAUUAAAAGUGGACCAGUUGUACAAUUAUCGAUGAAAGCUGAUACCGAAUAUAAACUCACAUUUGGAAAGAAAUUCAAUAAAACACCUCUUUAUUUAUUAUUGCUCACAGACUUUCUUCUAGUCGCAAAAUAUAAGUCCAAUACUCAUGACGAAGCAUAUAGCAUUAUAGAUACUUGUAAAAGAAGUUUAAUCGCUUUAGAACCAAUUUCUGAAGAUUCGCCAUUUGCUGGUCGCAAUGCGAUGCAUUUGACUCUAUUGGAAAAUUAUUCCGGGCAUCAAAUCGAAUACAUUUUAACGUGCGAAAGUGAUACAGAAAGACAAAGAUGGUUGGAAGCAGUUUUUCCUUCAAAACGAGGAUUAACGGGAGAAACACUUUAUGAGGUGUGGGAUUGUCCUCAAGUAGUAGCUUUAUAUUGUUAUUCUUCAAAUCAACCAGACGAAUUAUCAUUACAUCCAGGGGAUGUUAUAAACGUAUUUAAAAAAAUGUCAGAUGGAUGGUAUCAUGGUGAAAAAUUAUUAAAUGGUGAACAGGGCUGGUUUCCUGGAAACUAUACGAAAGAAGUUGCAUCAGAACACGUUCGCGCAAAAAAUCUUAAACAGAGACAUCGAUUUCUUACAUUAAAUGGAAAUAUAUUGCAACAAAGAGCAAAACAACAAUCAAUCAUUCAUUAAAUGAAGAAUGAUUCAACUAUCAAUAACUAAUUUAUAUGAUUUUUAAUAAAUCAACAUAUCAUGAUAUUCUACAUUAA